UCUUUAAUUUGUAGUUGUAUAUAUUAAAUCGUCUUAACAAUAAACUUAUACCUAAAAUCCACAAUAAUUUUCGAAGCAGAACUGGACCAUACAAUAAAGCCCAAAAUAGGCUCAACUGGCCACAGUUCUAGCCUAGGCCUGUCUAGAUUUGCUCAAUUAUGGGUAACCGAGAAUGUACCCCGGCCCAAAAUAUCCGCCACGUGUCUUACGCAAGUAAAUCCGGCGAAUUUUUUAGUAGAAAAUAAGGAAAAAAAGAAAGCAACGAAAACAAAACUCAUCAGAAAAGGGAACAAAACAGAAAUCCAGAAAAGAAAAGGAGAAAAGGGGAAAAAAGAAGCAAGAAGACUUCCGGUCCGGACUUCACCGCCCCGGAAGUUUCAAUGCUGCUCCCACGGAAAUCCGACGGCGACCCAUUCUUGAGCUCUACAGUUGAUUGCUGAAAGUUCCUUCCUUUUCUCUAUUGUCAGCUUCCCCUUUUCGAUUCUUCCGGAGCUCGAUUGCGGUGGAGGAAAAGAAAAUGUUUCAGCAGAAAUCUGGAGGAGGGGGCGGGGGGUCAAUAAUGGCGCUGAACGUGUUCAAGUUCUGCACUUUCCUGCGCGCCCUUGGUUCCAUAAUGAUCUUCUUCGUGGUGGGCGUCAUCGGGUUGACCUAUUAUGUUAUCGUCGUUGAGAAUUACGGCCCAGCUCUGUUCAACGGCGGGCUCGAUUCGUUUGUUGCUUUCCUCGUCCUGCUUUUCUUCCAUGCUUUCUUGGUGAUGCUUGUUUGGAGCUACUUUACCACUAUUCUGACGGAUCCUGGUGGCGUCCCACAAACUUGGAGGCCAAUAACAGAUGAGGAGGAGGGUGGUGUUGUAGAUCCAUUGGUGGGUACAGAUCAAAGUACAGCUGGUUUAGUUCUAAACAAGGAUCAAAUGCAGAAAGCACGAUUCUGUCGAAAGUGCAACCAGUUCAAACCGCCUCGUAGCCACCACUGCUCGGUUUGCCGAAGAUGCAUAUUGAAGAUGGAUCACCACUGCGUUUGGGUCGUUAAUUGUGUCGGCGCACUAAACUACAAGUAUUUCCUUCUCUUUCUGUUCUACACAUUUCUUGAAACAGCUCUGGUCACUGUAUCAUUGCUGCGGCUGUUCAUAGCAUUUUUUGGGGAUGGUGAAAUAGAUGGAACUGCAGGGGAUCUCGUGGCUACGUUUAUUGCAUUUGUGUUGAAUUUGUCAUUUGCAUUGAGUCUUCUGGGCUUCGUUAUUCUGCACAUAUCGUUGGUGUUAGCAAAUACCACUACUAUCGAGGCUUAUGAAAAGAAAACUGAUCCCAGAUGGCGUUACGACCUUGGUCGAAUGAGGAACUUUGAACAGGUUCUUUAUCAUCUGUCACCUUUACAUCCUUCAUCCCCUAAUUUGCACCUGGUUACCCCAUGCAUUUUCAAACCUGUCCAUGUUCUUGUCAGUCAACGACAUUCUCAGCAUGGUAUCUAGAACCCAGACCUAGAACUUGAUACUGGUUUCAGCCUUCGCAUUUUGCAUCAUCAACUUAUCUGCAUCACAUAGCAUUGUUAUACUUCUGCCUCUCAGCAUGGUACAUGGGUUGGCUUUUGGAAUCCAAGAUUGCAUUUCUAAACAAGAUUAAAAGACACAACCUUAUGAAUCUCAUUAUAAAUAACCAAGAUCCCCUCAUUAACUGUUGUUUUUCUGGAUCAGGUAUUCGGCACUGACAAGAGAUACUGGCUAAUCCCAGCUUAUGCAGCUGAAGACUUGAAGCAUAUGCCAGCACUGCAUGGGUUGGAGUACCCAAUCAGACCCAACUUGGAUGAGCUUCAGGAGCUCUGAUUACUACUGCAGUCAGGGGCUAGAUGACAAAAGUAACAGCUGAAAUUCUGUAACAUGCUUGACAUUAUCCCGGGUCAACCUGAAAACAAAACUGAAGGGGAAGCAGCACCAGCCAGGACCACACCAGCACUGGAACCAGCUCUCCUUGUUGGACAGAUCCCUCUGACGGACUUGUGUGCUGAAGCUCAUGUUGUUUUUGUUAACGUGUGCCACAACCAUGUAAUUUUUGUACAUACUUGAGUGGAAGAAGACCCUGUAACUGUUAACACUCGGUUUUCUCUCCUUAUUAGAGCUAUAGGUCAUGGUUUUAUGAGUAAAGCUUUUAGUCUGAUUGCUCGCGACUGGUGCAAAUGGGGAAAUCUUCCUAUCCUGAGCCGUGUUUUUUACUAUGAACAUGACAUUCUAAGCCUUACCCAGGAAAACUCACUUGCAUAAUAUUCUUCAACAAUCAUGGUAGCAUUUUA